AUGCUUGCCGAUUUUGCUGGGGUCGACUCAUCACUCGACGUUGUUGCUGGGCAUGUAUUUCAGAACACUUUUUCACAGGCUCAAAAGACAAGUCUCGAGACCAUCAAAGUCAUGACACCGUACUCUGUGACUACAUACACAGGACCAAAGUUCCCGCCUUGGAUCAUUCCCCCUAAAAACGGCUUUGCCGGGUUUCUCAAUGACUUCUAUGAUGAUGAAGGUUGGUGGGGGCUUGCUUGGCUCCAAGUUUACGAUCUUACGAAGCAGCAACAGUACCUUCAGGCUGCUAUUGACAUCUUCGAGGACAUGAGGAAAGGCUGGGGUGGCACUUGUGGAGGUCUAUGGUGGAACAAGCAGCACUCAUACAAAGGUGCAAUUGAGAAUGCGCUGUUCCUGACAGUGGCUGCUCAGCUUGCCAACAGAGCGUCGAAUAAGAAAUAUUAUCUUUACUGGGCGUGGAAGGAGUGGGACUGGUUCCAGCGCACCGGCAUGAUCAAUGCACACUACAACAUUAACAACGGGAUCAACCUCGUAACGUGUCGAAACGACAAUGGUAUCGUAUGGUCAUACAAUCAAGGUGUCAUACUCGGUGGGCUAUUGGAGCUUUACACGGCAGCCCCUAACAAAACCCAUCUUAUCAUGGCCGAGCGAAUUGCCCUCGCCGGUAUCAAGUUUCUGAGUGAUCCUAAUGGAAUUCUCCGCGAUCCAUGCGAGCCCAAUUGUGGAGCUGAUGGUCCUCAGUUCAAAGGAAUCUUCAUGCGCAAUCUUCAGAAAUUGCAAUUGGCGAUUCCCAACAAUCGAUUCAAGACAUUCAUCAACGAAAAUGCCAACAGUAUAUGGCUCAAUGAUCGCGGUUCUGGCAAUCAAUUGGGGCUUCUCUGGUCUGGUCCAUUCAUGGGUGCAACUGCAUCAACGCAGAGCUCUGCUGCGGAUGCUUUGGUAGCUGCAUUGGCCAUUGGAUGUCAAAGGGUAAAUCUUAACGUGCAGUAA